AGUAUCUGAUCUGUCUGUCAUAACGAUUUCUAUCAGUUUGUUUGCCUACAAUUAUAUUUAAAAAUGAUCUAAUAGAAAUUUAAAAAAUGGAUGAGUUUAAGGGAACUCCUGAAAGUGAGUAUAGCAUUGAAUGUUUCCAAAACUACACAGCCCCAGAAGUGUUUAUUCAGGGCCUUGCGGGUAUUGUCAAUCAAACAGAUGUAGAGACCAUGAUAAGAGCCCAGAAGCAAAUGCUGCAGAGAUUUGAGAAGACCAAUGAAAUGCUUACAAAUUGCAAUGCUUUAAGUGCUUUGAGGCUAAAGACUGUAGGUCCCGAGUUUAAGAAGCAUGUGAAUACACUUAUGGAAAUGAAGAAAGAUCUGGACUUUAUUUUUAAGAAGAUUAGAGUUAUAAAAAACAAGUUAUGUUGUCAAUAUUCUGAGGCCUUUGCUGAAGCUGUUAGAAGCAGUUAUGCAGAAGAGUGUGAUGAGGAGACUGAACAUAAAAAUAAAGAAAAUAGGAGAAGUCUUCACAUAAAAAGUAAAAAUCUAGAAGCAGGAAGUUGUGAUCAAAACAGGAGAUUUUCAAAGUAGAUUAAAUUUGUUUUCAUGAUCUCUUUAAGAAUAAUUUUUGAAGGAAUGUGUAUAUUUUGAGGCAACUAUUAAAUAUGGGGAGGGAAGCAAAGUUCUGCAACCCUCAGUUUUAGCAUUCACAUUUAGAAGUGGACAGCGUGAAAGUAGCCAAUGUUCCAAAGAAGUCACAUUGAUAUUUUGGAAACCUAUGAACUCAUUUUUUUCAUAGGCAAGCUGUUAUGGCUUGCCUAUGAAAAAGGCAGUUAGAUACCUAUGUUCCGCUGGGUUAAGAGAUUCUUAUAAACCUCUCUUUAUAUCUCAAAAAAUCCUAACUCUUUUUUCUCUUUUUAUCUUAGAAACAGCUACUCUUAUUCAUAAAUGUCCUAAACCUCCCUCUAACACUGGUCAUAUGACUCGCCAGGUUAACGAUUUUCCCUUACCAAUCCCUACAUCCUCCCUCACCAAGAACUCACUUAUAUACCUUAGCAAAAAAAUUUACAACCAUGUUCCUCUAUGUAUCAGACAAAUUUUAGAAGUUAAGAGAUUCAAAAAGGAAUUAAAAUCACUUUUAUUAUCCAGGGCAUAUUAUAGCCUUGAUGAUUUUUUUAAUGAUACCUUUUAACCUGUGCUCUGACAUCAUUUUAGUGUUUUAGUUUUGUUUCCUGUUAAAUAAUUUAAUUUACUUCCUCUAAAUUCUGUUUUAUUGACAGCUUUACUUAUUUUUUAAUGAAAUUUAUCAAAAAGAUGCUUUUUUUUUCUCAAUCUGUUUUGUUAUGAUUAAUUUUGGUAAUGAGUGUAAAUUUUAUGGUAAAGUGUUUUAGAUGUUAUGUUUGUUUGAAAUUUGAAGUGAAUUUGAAUUUUUUUAGUUUUUAGGAUGCUUGUACACAAGAUUUUGUUGUCUUACGUAAUAUAGCACAUUUUCUUUC